GGGUAUCUAGAUAGAUUCAAGGCCUUAUCAGUGUCGUAUGCUCAUACUAUGAGAAAGACGGUAUUGGGAGUGCCAGUGGGUUAGUCUUCCAGAACCUCAAUGAACAUGUAGGGAAUUUUUUGGGAGUCUUCUGCAGUUGGUGAAGAGUUGACAGGCACACUGCUUGUCAUAUUCCUUCCCUAAUUAUUUGAAGCUGCGACCGCUGACUUAUGACUUCGUUGUCAGAUCAUAAUAAUGAAGCUUUGUGAACCCAUGAUGGAUAUGAGUAGGCCUGAUUACACCGAAACGCUGGAUUCGUCUUAUACCAUGCUUGAGUUUGAUAGCCUGAAAGUACUGCCACCAAAUAACGAGACUAUUCCAUCAGAAGUGAGUAAUAUUACUGUGUUGAUGAACAAUGGUAUCAAUGCCAUGUGCUCAAUCUGUGGUGACCGUGCAACAGGGAAACACUACGGUGCAUCCAGCUGUGAUGGAUGCAAAGGCUUCUUCAGGAGAAGUGUCCGAAAAAAUCAUGUCUACACAUGCAGGUUUAGCAGGCAGUGUGUGGUUGACAAGGACAAGAGGAACCAAUGCAGAUACUGCAGGCUCAAGAAGUGCUUCAGAGCUGGAAUGAGAAAGGAAGCUGUACAGAAUGAAAGGGACAGAAUCAGCAUUCGCAGAACCAGCUAUGAAGAUAUUGGCUCUCUUUCCAUUGCUACACUGAUCCAAGCAGAAGCAAUGGCUAGGCAGAUGUCUGGUUUCAGUCCUGUUCAUCAUGCUGACAUUGCAAUGAAGAAGAUCGCAACGAUCAACGAUGUCAGUGAAUCCAUGAAACAGCAGCUGCUUGUUUUAGUCGAAUGGGCAAAGUCUAUCCCAGCAUUCUGCGAAUUGCUAUUGGAUGACCAGGUUGCAUUACUUAGAGCCCAUGCAGGGGAACAUUUGCUGCUGGGUCUGGCCAAACGUUCAAUACCUUACAAGGACAUCCUCUUGUUAGGAAAUGAUUACAUCAUUCCCAGGCACUGCCCAGAGUUAGAGAUUAUGCGUGUUGCAAACAGGAUUCUGGAUGAACUGGUGAAACCAUUACAUGACCUUCAGAUAGAUGAGAAUGAAUUUGCUUGCCUCAAAGCUGUGGUAUUUUUUGAUCCAGAUUGCAGGGGUGUUAGUGAUUCAGCAAAAAUCAAAAACAUGCGAUUCCAAGUGCAGGUCAACCUGGAGGAUUAUAUCAAUGAUCGUCAGUAUGACUCCCGUGGACGAUUCGGUGACAUUCUCCUACUUCUUCCAUCACUGCAGAGCAUCACAUGGCAGAUGAUUGAACAAAUUCAGUUUGCCAGACUCUUCGGAGUGGCAAGAAUUGAUAAUCUUUUGCAGGAAAUGUUGCUGGGAGGAUCCACAACUGAAGUAACUCAGUAUCCACACUCUGGACAUUCUGGUCUACUUCACAAUCCUCUAAGUGGCCACGCAGUGAUUACAACGGGUGUGCCUUCAGCAAUCCAUCAUGUUCAGAUCUCAUCACCAGAGACACCACUUCCAUCACCAUCUUCUGGUUCAGGAAAUGAAGAAUAUAAACUGCACCCUGUUGCUCAGAUUCAGACACCAUCUGCACGUAUGCUGCCUCAAACCAUCACUCCCAAGCGGGAAAUAUUGUAAAAUAACAAAAUUAAUGUAAUCCCACACUGACCCUGUGCAAAAACAUAUACCAAAUUAUAACAGGACUUCUCCAAACCACAAAUGUCAGUUAAUAUGGAAGUGAAACAGCAAUAUGUGUUGUGAGCUGUUAUAUACUGUGGUUACAAAGAGAAUGAUCAAUAGUUUUCAUACCACCUCAUAUCAUUAAUACGUACAGAAGUCAAAAGUGUGGAAAAAUAUCAAAUAUGUUUAUAUACUAUUUACCUUGAAUUUCCUCUGUAUUAAAACCGAGAGACACAUAAUCGAGCACGAUCAUAGAAUUUUGGGUGUAAGAUUGUUAUACUCAGAAGUCCAAUGCACUCAAAUUAUUAAAACUGUCUUUCAAACUCUCAAUCUGAACCAUAAGUCUAUCCAUAAAACUGGCUCUGCCCAUAAAUUAAGGGGAGAUGAGAGUAACUGCCAUUGACAUCAAGGCAAUAUUCAACCAAGCAUGGAAUCAAGAAGCUCCAGCACAACUGGAGUCAAUGGGAAUCACGGAGAAAUCUCAAGGCUGGCUGGAGUCACAAAGAACCAUGGCUGUGAUUGUUGGAAGUCAAUCACUUCAGCCUAAGACAUCUCUGCACAAAUUCCUCAAGUUAGUUUCCUAGGCUUAGCCAACUUUUGCAGCUUCAUCCAUGACCUUUCCAAUGUCAAAGAAGUGAGGAAGUUAUGCUUCAGGGCAUUGGAAAACAACACACCUUGAAUGCUGUGUGCAGUUUUGGUCUGCCUUCUUAUUUAAGGAAAGAUGCAAACGCUUAAGAGGUAGUUCAGAAGAGGUUUACGAUAUUGAUUCCUGGAAUG